AUGGCUCUCACAAGCUACGAGAUCAACUCGCUCAUCGCGAUCGAGCGAAUCACCGCCAGCAUCUCCGUUCUCAGCACGCUGAUCCUCAUCGCAACUUUCAGCUUUGUCAAAGAAUCCCGUACAUUGUCCAAUACGCUAAUCUUCUACGCUUCCUUCGCAAACUUGUUCUCCAGUAUCGCGGCAUUGAUAGGUAGUUCUGCUCUUCAUAAUGAGAAUGGUGCGCUCUGCCAGUUUCAGGGGUUUUUGCUUCAGAUGUUCAUGCAAUCAGAUCCCUUCUGGAGUUGCGCCAUUGCUAUCAACAUCUAUCUCGUUUUCUUCCGCCGCUACGACGCCCAGCGAUUGAAAGGCUUAUACUGGAUCUACGGCCUUAUAUGCUACGGUCUACCUUUCAUCUCCGCCUUGUUCUGUCUGCUCUACCGCGACAAGACGAGAGGCAAAAUCUACGGCGAGGCCACCUUAUGGUGCUGGAUCAAAGACUCCUGGGGUCCCGUGAGAAUCCACGCAAACUACGCACCGGUCUGGUUCGCUAUCCUCCUCGCGCUGCUAAUCUAUCUGCGCGUAGGCAUCGAGGUGUAUCAAAAGCGGAAUCAACUGCGCGCGCUAAAUGCUAGGUAUGAACGGAACAUUAAUAACUCAGAUUCGAUUUCCACGACCACAACGACUGACACGCAGACCACGAAUAAUUCCUUUUCAAUGCCCUCACCAGCUCUCUCUGCAAACUCAUCCGAAUCCGGUGAGCGAUUUUUUGUCCCGAGAAUGCAGGGUAUGGAUAAGAUUAAACUCGAAUACACGAAAUCCGCGUUCCUGUUUGCGGUUUCGAUCCUGGUUACUUGGGUCCCGGCGUCGGUUAAUAGGUUGUAUGGGCUCUGA